AAAAAAGGCAUUUUUUUCCCCCGCUGUACAAACUAAAAAAAAAAACAAAAGAAAACAUACAAACAAAUGAAAAUGAAAAAAUAAAAAACACAGAUGUUUAAUUAUAUAUAGAAUCUUUAACCUCAGGAGAACAUCUUGGAUCUAGAUAAAAAAAAUUAUCUAGAUCUACAUUUUUCAUUUUAUGCAGAUUUUUUUCGACCAAUGAAAAAGAAGUAUUCUAUUUAGACCUACGUUCUUUUGUUUUAAGCGCGCAAACAAAAUAAUUAAUGAAAUCUCGUUCCAGCACUUAAUUGUCUCAUUGUUCCGGAAUACAUCGCGCCGAUCACAUCUCUCCUCGUAUUUAAUAGCGCUUAUACCUAGACAAUAGAUCUAGACUUAGAUUUUUAUUACUCAACUUGUGUGUAAAGUACAGAAUGUGGGCUGUGGCUAUUUUCAAUGAAACUGAAGAAGUUGAGGCUGUACCCAUUGCCUGGCUAUCACCAUGCCAGACCAUUGUGUCAUGGCCACCUUUCAAGGCUACAAAGGUUUUGAAAUGCAUGAAAGAGCAGCAGCCAGCUGACAAAACAUGGCCUACCUAUCAAGUUAGGAUCCUUAGACGCUAUGAAAACUUUGAGGAAGCCAAAAAAGGGUCCAUUUUGGCACAGGAGACCUCCGACUUAAAUGAGGAUAUUUCUCUUCUACCCUUAGGCAGAGGAGCACGUGUGACAAAAAAGAGGACUUACUCAAGUUCUGAGGAAGAAAUUCAGCCAUUCAAAAAAAUGGCUGAGAAAGCUGUCACACAACUACCGGUACCACCAAAGGUUCCCAAAGAUUUAGCGUCAGGCGAAUCGAGACUUGAAAAUGAAUCAACAAUCAAUAUCUUAAAAACCCUGGUAGAGGUUAAGCACCAGGUGAUAUCACUCUCUCAACAAGUGGUUGGGUUAGCUGACACUGUCCAGCAACUCAAAGAUGUAAUUGCACAGCAGGCGAGGGUGAUAGCAUCACUACAACCUCCACCAGCGGAAGAAAAUUUUGAUGUGAACCUGCCCCUUUCUAGCAUGGAAGAAUUUGACUUUCAUGAAGAAAAGUUGUCUGAUGAUAUAUAUAGAAAGUUUUUGAUAGCAAAAUUGUCACAUUUUGGUGGCAUACAUUUAAAGCAUACCAUUAAAAAAAUAUUGGACUAUAUGAUGACAACAACACUGCAAUGUCAAUUCAAUUGGGCUGGUAAACCAGGCUGGAAAGGGAAUGGAGUGGCUAGAAGAGGAUUUCAACAUUGCCAACUUUGUUUAGUAAUUGCAGAUUCUGUUCGACUCACAAAAAACUUGGAAAGAACAACUAACGAAGAGGUAUUUUCUUCAAUUAAAAUUUACUUAAGAAAUGCACGUGACAGGCAAGGUGGUCGACGAAGAAGACUGGAGACAGAUGCUGUUGGAGAGAUGGUCUGGCAUGGCGACAGCCAGGCAAUGGGUACAGCGUCAACUUCUUCUGUUUCAUUGAAAUUAGCCACAGCCCACAUUCUAGACAAUUAUUAAAUUAGUGUUUAAUAAAUAUGUAUGGUUACAACAUUCGUUUUCUGCUCCUAGCAUAAUUUUUUUAAUGACUUUUUUCAACGUUUAUAAUUAAAUUAAUUUUUUAAAUUUUUACUUUCUGUUGUAGAUAAAUAAUUUUGUAAAUAUAAUUAUUACUUUUUUAUAUGUAUAAAUAUUUUUAUUUUUGUGCAAAACAUUUUUUUUAUUCAGUUAUUAAAAUUUUAGAUUUUCUUUCUUUUUUUUUUUGUACAUUUAUAUUUUAUUGUAUCCUUGAUGAUUGUAAGCUUUAAAGCUUUUUUUUUAACUUUAUUUUUAUUGUCUUAAAUUAGAGGUUAUGUUCAUUAAGCACACUGAUAUAGGUUUAUUUCUAUUUUAUUAUAUUAAAUACCAUUUGUGUCCAAAGUUUUUUUUCUCCUGUAUUUUUUUUUUAAAUCUCAGUCAAAAUUUCUAAUUUAAUAGUUUGAUGAAAAUAGUUUUUCUUAAAUGAGACAUUACUUUUAACA